ACCCCGCCCUUCCGCCGAAGCCAAGGCGGAGAAGCCCGAGGCCGCUUGUCACAGCUUCGUGCGGCGCAAGCCCGGAAGCCGCGUGCCGAUCCCCUGAUUUUUCGUCCGAGGCUCAGCCGCCGCAGCCGCGCCUCCUUAUUUCUUCGCAACCGCGCGCGGCUAUGUCAGUUUCCCCCGUGAAAAAGCAGAAGAUGGAGUCGGCGCUAGAACAGCUCAAACAACACACCACCGUGGUGGCCGAUACGGGAGAUUUCCACGCUAUUGAAGAGUACAAGCCUCUAGAUGCUACUACCAACCCAUCCCUGAUACUAGCUGCAGCUCAGAUGCCAACCUAUCAGCAACUGGUAGAAGAUGCUAUUGCGUAUGGAAAGAAACUUGGUGGGUCAGAAAAUGAACAAGUUACAAAUGCUUGUGAUAAGCUUUUUGUACUAUUUGGGGCAGAAAUACUGAAGAGGAUACCUGGCCGUGUGUCCACAGAAGUAGAUGCAAGGUUGUCUUUUGAUAAAGAAGGCAUGGUUAAGAGAGCCAGACACUUCAUAGAUCUUUAUAAAGAAAUAGGAAUUAGCAAAGAUCGUAUACUCAUCAAGCUGUCAUCAACUUGGGAAGGUAUCCAAGCUGGCAAGAUCCUUGAAGAGCAACAUGGGAUUCAUUGUAAUAUGACCUUGCUCUUUUCCUUUGCUCAGGCAGUUGCUUGUGCAGAAGCAGGGGUCACCCUCAUUUCUCCUUUUGUUGGGCGUAUUCUGGAUUGGUAUGUUGCAAAUACAGACAAAAAAACCUAUGAGCCAUCAGAGGACCCAGGGGUAAAGAGUGUCACUAAAAUCUAUCAUUAUUACAAAAAGUUUGGCUAUAAAACUAUUGUAAUGGGAGCUUCUUUUCGGAACACUGGAGAAAUCAAAGCACUGACUGGCUGUGAUUUUCUCACCAUUUCACCUAAACUUCUGGGAGAGCUCAGUAAAGAUAACAGCAAGCUAACACCAAAGCUGAACGUCAAAGAUGCUCAGGCAUCUGACUUCGAGAAGAUCCAUCUGGAUGAAAAGACAUUCCGUUGGCUUCAUAAUGAAGACCAAAUGGCUGAGGAGAAACUGUCAGAUGGAAUCAGAAAGUUUGCUGCUGAUGCAGUUAAACUGGAAGUCAUGAUAAAGGAACGGAUGUUCGGUACUGCAAAUGGAAAGUAGACAUGCCAAAUUUUAUGGAUGCUAUAUAUAUGUAAAGAUUUACAUGCUGCAAACAAAAAGAUUUUCUGUAGUCACAGGUUUCUAUAUGAAUUUGCAGAGAAAAAUUCUUCAGAUCUGCUGUGCUUUUAUAUAUCAGGAUUGUAAUAUUACAAUUCUGUAUUACCAAUAUUUUUAUUCUUCACUAUAUUGCAGAUACAUCAAGGACCAAUUGCCUAGCUUUUUUUCUUCAAGGUACUAUUACUAAUAAUGAUACAACAUUCUGAUGUAUGGGUGCAUUCCAAAAGAAUAAAACAUACAUUUUAUACAGA